GUUGUAGGUUUAAUGUUUGAAUAAAACAAUUUUUAACUGAUGCAGGAAAAGGGGGAAUUGCAUCUGGAGUAAUAGUUGCCAUAGUUGUUCCUAUUGCUGUUUCAGUUCUACUGUUUAUUUUUUGUUUCUGUUGGCUAAGAAGAAGAGCUUCGCAAAAAUUCAAUGUUGCACAAGAUAUGACAGAUGGAAAUGAAAUUUCAACUGCUGAAUCACUGCAAUAUCAGUUGACCUCUAUUCAAGUUGCGACGACUAACUUCUCAGCUGACAACGAAAUUGGUGAAGGUGGAUUUGGUGUUGUCUACAAGGGUAUACUUCCUAAUGGACAAGAGAUAGCUGUGAAGAGGCUAUCGAGAAAUUCAGGGCAAGGUGCACAAGAAUUUAAGAAUGAGAUCGUAUUGAUCGCGAAGCUUCAACAUAGAAAUUUAGUGAGACUAUUGGGAUAUUGCUUUGAAGGAGAGGAAAAGCUACUUGUCUAUGAAUUUGUCCCCAACAAAAGCCUUGACUAUUUCUUAUUUGAUCCUGAAAAGCAGCAGCUACUGAAUUGGUCUCGACGUUACAAGAUUAUAGGAGGGAUUGCACGUGGACUACUUUACCUUCAUGAGGAUUCGCGUCUAAGAGUUAUACACCGUGAUCUCAAAGCAAGCAAUAUACUGUUAGACGCCGAUAUGAAUCCCAAAAUAUCAGAUUUUGGAAUGGCGAGAAUAUUUGAAAUUGAUCAAAGUGAAGAAAUAACAAACAGGAUUGUUGGGACAUACGGUUACAUGUCGCCGGAGUAUGCUAUGCAUGGACAAUACUCUGUUAAAUCUGAUGUUUUCAGCUUUGGUGUUCUACUUUUGGAGAUCAUAAGUGGAAAGAAGAAUAGCUCAUUUUACCAAUCAGAUGGAGCUGAAGAUCUUCUUAGCUAUGUUUGGAAGAAUUGGAGGGACGGCACACCAUUGAAUAUAAUGGAUCCAACAUUUGGAGAUUCAUACUCAAGAAAUGAAGUGAUACAAUGUAUACAUAUUGGAUUGCUAUGUGUUCAAGAUGAUGUUAAUCAAAGACCUACAAUGGAAUCUGUGGUGCUCAUGCUUAAUAGUUACUCUGUUACCAAGCCGGCGCCUCAGCAACCUGCAUUCUUUUUUCGUAGUCGAACAGAGAUGCUACCAAAAGGGCUAGAAUCAGAUCAAUAUUCUACAAGCAACUCGAUACCAUUAUUGUCUGAGAAUGAAGUAUCCAUUACAGAACUGCAUCCAAGAUAGACGCGUACGAUGAUGGAGCUUAAGUAUGCCAUCUAUUGUGAAACACUUACAAUCUGUUACAGGUCAACUUAACCUGAUGGUGUAAGAAGUUUAUAUAUUGUGUUAAAUCUAUAUCUAAUAGGAAUGAAUAAGGUGAUUGUGUGAGACUAAGAGGGUAAAUUAUAUUGCUAUAAGGCAUUUUUCAUGAUAUGCUAUUUUUAUUUACUAAGUAUUUCAUUCAGCAGAAA